CAAUAACCUUCGGAUGGCAAUCCACUCCCAUGGCGGCGACAUCAACCACAGCCACGGUCACGCCGCUGUUAAUCCACCUACUGCGCGGCGCCACCGACCACGCGUCCGUAGCUGCAACCCACGCGAAGCUGCUCAAGGUCGGCACCGCCUCCACCGUCUCUUCUUGCAACCACAUCAUCGCUGCUUACUGUCGGUGCGGCGUCACUGCCCGCGCCCGCGACCUGUUCGAUGGAAUGCCCGAGCGGGACGUCAUCUCCUGGACAGCCCUCAUGUCCGGGUACUCUAGCACCGGCCGACUCCGCCUGGCUGUUUCCCUCCUUCGUGACAUGUCUCACAGCGGCGUGCCACCGAAUGCCUUCACCUUCUCGACUGCCGUCAGCGCGUGCGCACGCCUGGCUGAUUCUGGACUUGGGCGGGAAGUGCAUGCCCGUGCUGAGGUCGAGGGCUAUGCGUCUGAUGCUGUCGUUGCCACCGCGCUCAUUGACAUGUAUGGCAAGGCCGGAGAUGUGGAGGCUGCACGUGCAGUGUUUGAUGGUAUGGCUGCUCCGGUGAGGAAUGCGGUUUCAUGGGGCUCGAUGCUGUCUGUAUACGCGCAGAAUGCGCUUGGGCGUGAGGCCAUCCAACUUUUCGCUCAGUUCAGAACCAAAAGUAAUUUCAUGGCGCCCAACCACUUCAUGCUGUCAAGCGUUGUGAAUGCGUGUGCAGGUGUUGGGCGGCUUGGAGUUGGCAAGUCUGUGCAUGGAACAGUCCUUCGUUUUGGGCAUGGAUGCAAUGGCGUGAUUGUUGUGGCCUUGGUUGACAUGUACUCCAAGUGUGGAUUCUACGAGUACUCAAGAAAGGUGUUUGACAGGAUUGAGCGUCCAUCGGUCAUCUGCUAUACCUCCAUCAUUGUGGCUGCAGCAAAGUACGGUCUUGGGAGGUGCGCACUCACUUUUUUCAGUGAGAUGAUCGAUCGAGAUGUGCAACCAAACAGCGUUACACUGCUUGGCGUCAUGCAUGCUUGCAGCCAUUCAGGUCUUGUUGACACUGGCCUCCAUCUCCUCCACUCCAUGCAGAGCAAAUAUGGCAUCAGUCCAUGCGCCAGCCACUACACUUGUGCGGUUGACAUGCUCGGCCGAGCAGGACGGCUCGAGGAGGCAUUUGAGAUGGCCGACGAAGCGCAGGUUGAAGGCCGUGAUGCCCUCAUGCUCUGGAGCUCAUUGCUGUCUGCUUGCCGGACACAUAGGCGCCUAGAUCUAGCCACCAGGGCUGCCCACAGAGUGUCAGAGUUCAACCAAGAUGUAGCAGGUGCACUAGUAGUGAUGUCAAACGCAUACACUUCAGCCGGCCAGACUGACAAUGCUGCUGCUGUAUGGUCGAACAUGAGGCAACGAGGCAUUCAGAAAGAUCCUGGGUGCAGCUGGAUUGAGAUAAAGGACAUACCCUACGUGUUCUACGCUGGAUUGGUAUCACCCGCUGGUGCAAGGGCAGGUGAAGUGAUGAUGUUACUUGAUGAGUUAGAGGGUCAGAUGCGGGAGAAGGGUUACAAGGGUGGACUAGGUAGUACCAGAGUCUUUGAUGCUCAUGAAGAGGAUGGAGAGGACGGGAAAGGCGAGAUGGUUGGAGUGCACAGUGAGUUAUUGGCUUUGGGGUUUGGUUUGCUGGUUAUCCCCAAGGGGAUGACCAUCAGGGUGAUGAAGAACCUGAGGAUGUGCUGCGACUGCCACGACGCGUUCAAGCUCAUAAGUGGCAUUAUGGUGCGCGAGUUUGUUGUGAGGGAUCUGAAUAGAUUCCAUCACUUCAAGAUGGGGUCAUGUUCCUGCAAUGACUACUGGUGAUUCAAGGCUGAAAUCAAAGUGAUUGUCAACUUUGCGAUACAGAAGGAAAACAUUUUUCUGAAGAGAAUUUCUCGGUUUUCAAAUAGAUAUAUUCCAGAAGAAAGUCAAAGGGCGAUAUCAAAAUGUUCGAGGCAUAACAAAUCUUGACAUGCUUCCAAAGGGAGUCAGCGGCAAGAUUUUGUUGAUCAUAGUCCCCAUAGGCAUGGACUUAUCACAUUUGCACAACAUGAGUCUGACUUAGUCCAACAAACCAUUUGAAUUCUUUUUAGAAGAUAUCCAACUCAUCUUGCAAAAUGCAUAAGGUUAAAGUGAUGGACUGUAAGGAACUGGGAUUGUCUCUGACCUUUGGCACUUCAUAAUUCAUACCCUCAUACAGUGUCCAACAUGAGUAUCUCAUUGUUCUUUAAGGGUAUUUCAUUUGAGUUACAAAUCUUAUGAUAGGGUUAAGAAGGUGACCACCAAAAUGUCUGAGAAAGUGGCAACUAGAAUACUGUUAUUUGGAGUUGUGAAGAGGACUGGCCAUUUUACAAGUUAAUCAGCUAACUCAAAGGCUGGCGAGAGGUUUUCAGCCUAUUGCAUGUAGUGAUUGUUGUUGCUUCUCUUGAUGGAUUCGGGUUAAAAAAGUGUACUGUUAUUUGGACUUGUGAAUAAUGUAGAGUGACUAUUUAACAAGCUCAACAGCUAACUCAAAAGGCUGGCGUGAGGUUUUCAGCUCAUUGCCUGGAUUUGGUACGUGGUCCCCUUUUUAUGUCAUACUUGAAGCCUACACUAAAAAUACUUAGUUACUGCUGCUUCUCCUCAUAUAAGGUGGCCAUGUUAUUCCAGCUAUCAGCUACUGCAGUCAUAUGCAUAAUGAACUCGCUGCCAUUGCAGUUAGUAUGUAAUACAGGUGGCCGAUGGGCGCUCGCCACCGUGUGAUGCCAUCAAACUCCGAAGAGUGAAAAUGGUUAUUGUUUACUUGGCAUGCUAGUUGACCCUACCUCAAUAUGGCAGACUCAACCAAAAUACUUUGUCCUGGGAGCACAUUGUGUUAUGCACUUGCUGUUGUUGGCAAAUAGUCUCAUACCAAAUCAUGCAUCUCAUGAUCUGCUCUGCAGUGUCUCACUGUCAGGUGUGUUGAAUCUCUGUGUGCCUGAAUACCAUUCUUUAACCCCGUAACAGGGGUAUUCGAUUUUACGUCAUCCGGCUUGUGUAUCUUGUACCGGCUUCAACACGCAAGAUUCAUUUGCAACGCCAUGGAAUUGCUGGCAAUGAGAAGGAUGCAUUGCUUGCCUGGUUCUUCAUCUUCAAGGCCGCCACCUUUGAUCUCCGAGCGAAGCAUGGCAAGAGCAAGUAAGAGUCUGAAGUUAGCCCUCUGUCCCGUAAUAUAAGAGCGUUUUGACACUACACUAGUGCUAGAAAUGUUCUUAUAUUAUGGGACGGAGGGAGUAGAAACCAAGAGCAGCUUGCCACCAUAAUGAUGUCCUUGUACCGAUGUGUUUCCUAGUGGAAUCUUGUCGAAUGGAGGUUGAAGGCUUGAAGCAUAGGGAAAAUGGUUGUGCAGCAGAGACAGAACAUAAAAAAUCAGUGUGGUUAUUAUUUUUCUUACCGGUAACAUGCAUCAACAUAAAAGUAAAAGGUUAGUUUGUUCA